UGUCAUAAUCGACACUGACGUCGUAAAUAAGACAAGCAGCGUGCUAAACUAGUUAGAAAGUGACAGCUAACAGCUAGCUAACUGCAAGCUAAAAAUAUUUUCCUGCAGAAGUGAGUUGAAGUUGGCACAGCUGAACUGCCAAAGGGGACACUUUGUAGCACCAUAAAUAGUGAGGCAUCAUGGGCAACACAAGUGACAGGCUGACUGGAGAUCGUCAUGGAGCCAAGGCCCACCGCUCAGACAGCAGCGGCAGCCACAAAGACCAAGAACCCAGCAGCAAGAUGGUGGACAGCACAGAUGACCCCAACAUCUUCAACACCCACGGGCCAGAGUCCAAGGCGUCAGGAGAGAAAGAAUCCGAUCCGGGUGAGCAGCUGAAAACUGGUCCUCAGGCUCGACCCACGGUCAUCCGCUGGGCUGGAGGGGGAAAGGAGGUCUACAUAGCUGGUUCCUUUAAUAACUGGAACACGAAGAUACCACUAAAUAAGAGCCAUAAUGACUUUGUAGCGAUCCUGGACCUGCCCGAAGGAGAGCACCAGUACAAGUUCUUUGUUGAUGGCCAGUGGGUCCAUGAUUCCAAAGAGGCGGUUGUAACCAGUCAGCUCGGCACCAUCAACAACCUGAUCCAUGUGAAGAAGUCCGACUUCGAGGUGUUUGACGCCCUCCAUGUUGACUCUCUGGAGUGCUCCGACACAUCAGACCUGUCCAGCUCCCCUCCAGGUCCAUAUGGGCAGGAGCAGUACGUCUUCAGACCUGAGGAGCAUUUCAAAGCCCCACCUAUACUCCCUCCUCAUCUCCUCCAAGUCAUCCUCAACAAGGACACCAAUAUAUCCUGUGACCCUGCCUUGCUGCCGGAACCCAACCACGUCAUGCUAAACCAUCUUUACGCUCUCUCUAUUAAGGAUGGAGUAAUGGUGCUGAGUGCCACUCACAGAUACAAGAAGAAAUACGUCACCUCUCUGCUUUACAAGCCCAUCUGAAGCUCAACGUGGUGACUGCUACACAGUGCUUUUAGAGAGCAGCAUGUUUGUAUUCUGCUGUUUUUUCCCCUGUAUCAUCAAAUUUAGCCAAAUCUUGCUCUGAAACAAGUUUACAGGCGAGAUAAAGGCCAGUGGCUGUGACUUGGUUUUUAAAAGGGUUGCACUUUUUUUGAACAAAAAGUGUGUGUGUGUGUGAUUUGUUUUCUGCAGAGGAGGGGCUCAGCUUGUGUGUGUGUGUGUGUGUGUGUGCGUGUGUGCGCGCAUCAGAGAGAGAUGAAAACCAUACUGUGGCUUUUACCUGCGACAUCUACACACAGAUAAGAGACUGAUGAAAUCACUGUGUGUAUUUGAGUGUUUGAACCUUGUGAAUAUAUGCAUGUCCGAGUGUAAGAAGAGGAAGAUCUGUGAAGCAUCACUUUCUUUAACGGCGAUUCUCUUAAAGUGAGGGCGUUUGAGUGUUAUUGAUGUGGAUCAACAGUUUGAUUUUAAAGUGUUGUGCCCUCACAGCCUCGUUGAAUUGGUUUUGAACUAAUUAACUUGACAGCAUUUAUGGAAAGUGCAUGCAGAAUGAGAGCGGCCCAAAGCCAGAUGCUGAGGAGAGCAGCAGACUUGGCAUUGGUUGAACAUGAAGUGCAAUAACAUGCUGCUAUAUCCCCUAACAUGAUAAACAACAGGGUGAGGAGGCAGCAGUGAACAACAUCUUACUUUGUCAGUACAUAUUACAUAAAUUAUUAAAUUUUUCACAGUUCAGCCAUCAUUCAGUGCAAUCUAGAUUUCAGUUUUAAUGUUACGGUCACUAAAGAUGGAGCAUAUAACGGCCCACUUUCCACAUGGGGAGUGGAGGUCAAAGGUUUAGUUCUGCCGUUGCCUUUAUCUCGACAUAAUGUUGCGAGCACUUUACCAUCCUGUGAGCAGGAGUGUUGAUAUAAGCUUUUAACUAUGCAGCAGACAACUCUUCACUGUACUGAAGCUUCUCUGGACUGCAGAACCCAAUUUGUGCUUCUUCUUUAGAUAUAAGUAACAUGCAGUGCUUUAUAAGUGUGUGCAUCUGUAUUGAGUUCUAUUUAUCCUUAAUGAAUGUACUGUAUGUAUAUGUUACAUGCGUAGUCAUAUACAGAGCCAUGUACUGUACACCUAAACAGUUUGAACUUUCUGCUUUGCAUGCAUUGAAUGUGCAAUACAUUUACUGAGCGCGGUGCACAUCAGAAGCAGAUUGACUGCUUUCAGCUGAAGAUAUAAUUGCCAUAAAUGUAAAAGUUGUACAAGAUGCGCUCACCUGUGUGUUCUUUAAAGUGAAACCAUUUAAGAUAAUCUGUAUUUGAGAUAUGGUGGCUUUAAAAGUUAUUUUUGUGUAAGUUGUGCUGUUUAAACGUCUGCACUUAAAGUACAGUUUGUACCAACGGUUGAGACGUUACGGACUUAUAGAAGGGGCUUUCAUAAAUCCUGUUGGUGUUCAACUAGAGGCUCGGAAAGUAUUUUAUGAAUGUUAAGGCUAGGCAUGAAGUUUUGUCCAAAGAGUUUUUAAGACUUUUACAGAUAUGAUAAGAGAGUUUGGACAAACGCCUGGGACGUGGUGUUUUAAGGCUAAAACCCAAAACUUGAAUUUUACAUUUUCAUGAAUGUUUUAAAAUGCUUUACAGAACCAGUGUGAUGAUUCACUGUACAAGGUUUUACUUGUUUGCAAAUAAAGAGAGCACAGGCUGAUCCUCA